AAUCUUAAAAAGUUAUGUCGAUCCUUGUUUUGUCCCAUUAUCGUUUGGUGUGGAGAGAGUCCAAUCAUUCGUCACACAUCUGAGGGGUUCUGGCGACUGUGGUUUUGCAAGGCCCACGAAGCUGCCUUCCUCGAUUGUAGUUCGAAACGAUGGUGGUUGGUGUUCUAGCUUUGCAGGGAUCUUUCAACGAACACAUUGCGGCGUUGCGAAGGGUUGGGGUGAAGGGGGUGGAGAUAAAAAAGCCAGAGCAGUUGCAGAAUGUGAAUGCUCUUAUUAUACCCGGAGGCGAGAGCACAACCAUGGCCAAGCUUGCGGAAUAUCACAAUCUCUUUCCAGCAUUACGGGAGUUUGUCAAAAUGGGAAAACCAGUUUGGGGAACCUGUGCUGGUCUUAUAUUCUUGGCUGACAGAGCAAUUGGUCAGAAAUCUGGUGGACAGGAACUUGUCGGUGGCCUAAAUUGUACAGUUCACCGAAACUUCUUUGGCAGUCAGAUUCAAAGCUUUGAAGCAGAGCUUUCAAUUCCUGAUGUUGCAGCCAAAGAGGGAGGUCCACCUAGCUUCAGGGCUGUGUUUAUUCGUGCCCCAGGAAUCCUUGAAGUAGGCCCUGAAGUUGAAGUGUUGGCAGAAGUUCCUGUUCCAUCUGGGAAUACGGCUCUAGCUGAUGCUGCUGUUGAAAGUGUAGAGGGAAAUGCUGCCGCAGAAAAGACAGUGAUUGUUGCGAUAAAGCAGGGAAGCUUGCUGGCAACCGCCUUUCACCCUGAACUGACUGCGGACACCAGAUGGCAUAGUUAUUUCAUGAAGAUGGUGGACGAGAGCAGCCAAGACAGCAGCAGUCCUGUCUUGUUUGUGGACGCAAAACCUAAGUAUGAUCUCCCAAUAUUUCAACAUUAACAAAACUAGGACUCAUCUCCUCAAUAUUUGGCUCUGUUCUUUGCUUUACCAGAAUUGUUAUGAUAGUAGUCGAAUGAAAUUUAUUUAUUUAUUUAAUAUUAUGAUUAUGAUUAUUGUUAUUAUUAUUA